GACCAGGAGCGUCCUAGAAACAGGCGAAUGCAACCACCGAGAUUUUUCAAAGCCCUGUACCAAGCCCCCCCAGGAGGAUGUGUUCCCCCCUAGGCAAAACGCGGAGCUGGCCAAGGUGCGGCAAGAGUGCAACAAGCUGCUGAAGGAGCUGGCUGAGAAAUCGGAGGUGCUGCAGCAAGAGGAGCAGCAGAGGAAGAGCUGGGAGAUCAAAGCGGCGGCCUCGGAGAAGCAGAUGGAGCAGCUGCAGGCUUCCCAAAGGGAGGUGGAGGCGAUGCUGCAGAAGAGGCUGGAUGAAGUAAACGACGAGCUCCGCAGAACGCAGACCACCUACAAAAGCUUGUUAGCAGAUGCAGAAAAGUCCAGAGGACAGCAGCAGAGCAUCGCUGAACUGCAUGCCAGGCUGCUGAGCUCCGAAGCAGAGGUUAAAAGCAAGUUGCUGGAGCUGGACAACGUGAAGGGGAAACUGCAGGAUGCCAGCUCGGAGAAUACGAAGCUUCUGGAGAGGAUCAAAUCCAUCGAAGCUCUGCUGGAGGCAGGCCAGAUGAGGGAGGCAGAAAAAGACAGAGAUCUGCAGGCAGCCAACGAAGCAGAAAUGAAGCAGCUGCAGUCAAGGCUGCAGGAGAAGACGGACCAGCUCUCGUCCUUGGAAAGGGAAGCCGCAGAGCUGCGAGAGGCGGUGGAGCAACAGAAGACAAAAAACAAUGACCUUCGCGAGAAGAACUGGAAAGCGAUGGAAGCGUUGACCACAAUGGAGAAGGCAUGCGAGGAAAAACUACUUGCUGCUACGAAAGCAAAGGAAGAGCUGGCCCAACAGCUGGAUGCGCUCCGGACACAAACCAAGCAGACGCUGCUCUCUGCGCUCCCCGGAGUCACCGUGUCCCCCCAGCAGGAUUACGACACGUGGCUCCAAGAGUUUAAGGAGAAGACCGCGGAUGUGCUAAAGCAGCAGAUGGUCACGACAGAGCCCCCAGAUUCAGCACUUAAAUUAAAAGAGGCGGAGGAAGCACAAAGCACUUUACAAGCAGAAUGUGAGCAGUACAGGGCUAUCCUGGCAGAGACGGAGGGGAUGCUGCGAGACCUGCAGAAGAGCGUGGAGGAGGAGGAGCAGGUGUGGAAAGCAAAGCUCACGGCGUCUGAAGAGGAACUCCAAAAGUCACAACUCCAGCUGAAGUCCCUUGAAGACAUGGUGCAGAAGUUGAAAGCGGAUCUGCAGAGCACAGAUCAGCUAAAGGAAUACACCUCUCUUCUGGAAACACAACUGGAAAAUCACUUGGAGACAGCCAGCUCCGAACGACAAAACUACACAAAAGAAGUUCAAGUCUUGAGGCAGCUCUUGUCAGAGUCCCAGGAGCAGCUGGAGGCAGCGAAGACGGAAACUCAGAAGCAGAGCAAGGAGCUGGCCCUGGUCAGGCAGCAGCUGGGUGAGAUGAAGAGCCGUGUACAGGAUGGAACAGUAGUGGGGUUACACGCUGACCCAAGCAAGCCUGCGCCCCUCGAGUUGAAAACCCAGCUGGAACAGAAUGAAAUGCUGGUGGAGAAGGAGCAAGUGCUGCGGCAAAACCUGGCACUGGAGCUGGAGGAGGCCCAGAGCUCCGCGUGCAGUUUGCAAGCAGAGCUGGAAAAGCUGAGACUGGCUGAAAACGCAGCGGCUUCGGGCACGGAGGAGGCGCAGCAUCUCCAGGAAAGACUUGAAAAAGAAAAAAAAUUAACAAAGGACCUGGGCCAGGCAGCAACCAAACUCCAGGAGCUACUGAAGGUUACCCAGGACCAACUGGCCAAAGAGAGAGAAACAGUGAGGAAGUUGAAAGAACAGCUUCAGGAAACGGGGGAAGAGGACAGUUCAAAGGAAGGGACUUCAGUUUGACGAGUCUGUGACCUAGACCUUCCUGUUCGACUUACCAAAAUGCCUUACACAUUCCUAAAAAUAAAGAUAUAUGCUGAAUUUACUGUAGAUAAAAGAUACAAGCCAUUAGUGACCCAAAACCUAGUUUUGAAACUUUAAAAAAAAAAAAAAACCCCGA